GGACUGACUCGCGGACCACUGACAGUGAGGAGCUCCAUUUAGCGCAAGGGGAAACUGUGGCGCCAAGCGGAAACGGCGAUUUGUACGAAGAGCUCGUCAUGGUAAUUGUCGGUCCAAAGUUGACAUCGCCGAGUAAGGUAGGCGCAAGUGUUGCUUGCUUGCAUUGUCAAGGGAUGCAGGCCUCAAUUCCUUUAACAACGAGUCGCAAAGGGUCGACCGAUCCCGACCUUCGCCCACAUUUGCAAGAUUCUACCGUCACCAUCGCCUCUCGCCAUGCCGGCCACACGCAGAGCCCCACCUGCCUUCCCGCCGGCCAAGGUCAUGUCUCACGAUGCUGGCGAGCCGCCCAUCAAGCCGAUCAAAAAUGUCUUCAAUGCGGCUGGUGAGCCGCCAAUCAAGCCGAUGAAGAUCGCCCACCACGCCGCAGGUGAGCCACCCGUCAAGCCAGCUAAGCUCGUAGGCGUCAGCGAGCCCGAACAGGCAUACGCACCAAUCGCAGCCAGCAAACGCGGAAGCGCCGCCACCCUGUUCGAUGAGAGCGCUUUUGCACCCAAGAAGGGCUUCGGUGGCCGCCGCGACACCUACGGCUUCAAUGCUCCCAGCUCUCUGCUGGUACCGAGCUCAUCUCGCCCGCCCAGCCUCGCAUCUCGCCGGCCCUCCACCCUCACAUCUUCCACCUCGCCCACACUCGCCUCUUUCCCCUCGUCCCCCAUGAGUGCAAGGACGCUAGUCGACUCAAUACCUCCGACACCUCGCACACCGCGCUCGCCCUUGUCGCUCGAUUCCGUCAUUGAGAACGAACAUCACCACAUUGUUGGCACGCUGAGCGCGCCAGUGCCCGCUCUUACACCUCCCGCCACCGCCGAGGUAAUUCGCGAGCCUGGUACGCCACCUUCGCCCACAACCUCGGACCCAUUCGACGAGGCUGUGCACGCCGAACGCGCUGAAGAGCCGGCCGUCGUGCUCAAGCCAGAAAUCGCUGCUGGCGUCACGCCUCACACCCGCACUCACUCACCUACUCUCCAAUGGCUCGACGAUACCGCCACCAAGCUUCGGCCCCCCGUCGUCAAGUACGGCUACUACGGUGUUGCGAUUUGCGCAGUCUACUUUGUGCUGGUCGGUUUCCCCUUGUGGAACGGGGUUGUAUACAGCAUCUGGGUCAACUUCUACAAGGCCGACGCACCCUUUGGCUUUCUCAUCUUCUCCUUUCUCAACUGGGCCUUUGUCUUCUUUCCGCUCAUCUUCGGGCGUUACGAGAAGCCAGCCGACCCUCUUCCUGAAGGCUUCGAACGCGAGAAGACGCAGGAUUGUGCGCUGCUCAUCCCGUGCUACAAGGCUGCCGGUGCCCUUCCAAACACAAUCGAGCACGCCUUGGCCAUCUACCCCGCCGAGAGCAUCUUUGUGGUCAACAACGCCAACUCGCCCGUUGCGCCCGACAAUACCGAGGAGGUCUGCAAGGAAUACGGGGUCAACUACCUCUUCGUGCCUGUCGGGUCCAAGAUCGGCGCUGAGUAUGUCGGUCUGCACCAGAAGAAGAUGAACAAGUUCAAGUACGUCAUGAUCAUCGAUGAUGACGUGGAGCUGCCUGAUAACUUGCCCAUCGUGUCAGAGCGAUUCGAGAAGGACCGACGCGUUGGGUGUGUAGGCUACACGUUGGUGUCGACGGGUGCCAAGGGAUCCAAGGGUACCAUGGUCCAGCAGCUGCAGGAUCUCGAGUACCGUUUGAGUGGACUGCGUCACUGCAUGGGUGGCCUCUACGGAUCUGCUACCUUUGGCCACGGCGCCAUCCUCCUGUUCAAGGUCGACUUGCUGAAAGAGUUCUUCAAGGAACAUCCAGGCUACAAGAUGUCCGAGGAUUUGUGCUUCGGCAUCAUUACCCGCAUGAAGGGCUACUACGUGGACUUCUGCUCCUCCUGCCCCGUCAAGACGGAAACUCCACCCCACCUCUUCGGCCCCCGCGUAGACCACCCCAUCGACACGACCGCUGCGGCUCUCAAGCGCUUCUGGGCUCGCUUGCAACGAAUGCGCCGCAGCAAUGACUUGGAAGCACAAGCUGGGGACGAGAAGGAGGGCCCCGCCACCCGCGGUGGAUAUGGCGAGAUGUCCGUCUACAAGCAGAGGUACGAGCGCUGGGCCUUUCUCCACGCUGGUCUCCUGGUGACACUGCAGCUCAAGUACCACAUUGUGGGCUGGAACCUGGGCAAGCGAACGCUCGUUGCUCAGAUCCUCAGCUUUCAGGACACUCUGUCGACGCUUUUCUUCCUCUUUCUCCCCAUCGUGCUCCCCUUGAGUUUCUACUGGAACGCUCCCCUCACCGCCUACACGAUCGUAGCCAAUACGUCGUUCGGCUUCUUUGCCGCAGUGAUCUUCAACGCGUGGCACCUCCGCAACAGGCCCGAGGGACGCAUCAGCUGGGCCGUACCCUUCGUUUCGGUCCCUUACAAGUUCAUCUUGCGCUUCGUCCAAGUCGCGGCCAUCUACCGCGGGAUCUUCAGGUAUGGCAUCUUCUUUGCUGAGAAGACGCACAAGUUGCCUGCUCACCCGAAGCUGGGACCUAUGGCUGAGAGGGUUGCGAGGGGCGAGGAUGCGUGAGAGAGGAGCGAGCGAGCGAGAGAGCGUCCGCUUCACCAUUCCCACUACCUGUCAUAUAGACCUUGGCAUUUGCUCUUGUUUCGCGCAUUCGCCCUUUUCUACUCUGUACUACCUUGGCUGCCCGUAGCUUUGUUUUAAUACCACGCGUUGCGAUCUCAUUGC